CCCCCUUCCCGAUCUAGCACCAAGGAGUAAACAUCUUCCUGAUCAUCCGAUUCUAACGCCACAGCCACAUUAUCUCGGACAUUUUCCCUCCUGAGUGCGGGCAUAAUCUGGACCCAACGAAUUUUCUACCCCUUUAUCGUUGCCAAGGAUUCAUGACAGCUCGCUGCAUAACUGCAUAACAUAAACACGAUUGACGAGGCCGUCUGACUUGCCCUGAAACUUUUCGGAUUUCAUCAGAUUUCAUUUUAUGUAAUAGAUUAACAAACAAGAUUUCAACAACCCUUCCUAUUUCUAUUGGGAGAUAUAGAAAUCGUCGCUCUUCUCUUUUUGCUGAAAUGGACAGUCAGGUGUACUCUCUAAAAUGGAACAACUUCGUGCCGAAUAUCAUGUCCUCUUUCCGGUCGCUGAGGAGAGACAGGGACCUGGUGGAUGUCACCUUGAGCUGCGAGGGAAAGAGAAUCUCGGUCCACAAAGUUAUCCUGUCAGCUUGCAGCUCAUACUUCAGGACUGUUCUAAAGGAAAACCCUGCUCAACAUCCGGUGAUCAUCUUUCGGAACGUUUCGUUUGAUGAUCUCCAGGCCAUAAUCGACUUCGUUUACAACGGUGAGGUGAGCGUGGAACAGAAUCGGCUCACCGCUUUCCUACAAACAGCCGAACUGUUGGAAAUCAAAGGAUUGACCAACGAAAGCUGCAACUCUAAGACUGCCCAGAAGACUGAGCCUUACGAGGCGGAAACAUAUCCUACUUGUAGUAAAGAGGAACCUGAAACUCCAGAGAAAGUUUUCCCUAAAGCACCCACUAAGAAUUUAGAAAGGGUCAAUGAGAGUCCUGCAAAAAAGAGGAAGCUCUCUGAAGUUGAAAUAACACCUAUUGAACCAUUAGGCAGGGAAGAGGAAACGACCGCUGCACCUGUUGCGUUGGAUGAAGCAGAUCAUGAGUUAUCAUAUCGCUCUGUCAGUCCAGAAUCUCAAGCAGUUCUGAUUAGUGACGAAGAACUUGAUGGUGAUGGGGAUCUAAGCAUUGUGGCGGCAGCUGGGUCUGAAAGGAUUGAGGACAAUGGCAUGGGUUCUCAGUUUCCGUCGCUCGUGGCACCGCACGACUUUAACAUCUCAAAUGAGUCACGCGUGACCUCGCAUCCCUCAAACAAAGAAUCGGCACCAACCCCCAUCAAAUGCACCGGAGGCUAUCGUUGCAGCGAGUGUAAUAAAGUGUUUUCCCGUCAGAACCACUGCAAAUCGCAUAUUAAGGUGCAUCUCGGUGAGACGGUUUGUCACCUGUGCGGCAAAACGUUUCCGUUCGUGUGGAACCUGAAGAGCCACUUGGAGUUCCACCAGGGCCUCACCAAGUGUGACAUAUGCAACAAGACUCUCGGGGAUAUUUACAGUUUGAAUGCGCACAGAAAAAGACACUUCCGCGAUUCAACUGAACCGAUUUGAAUUUUUUAGAGAUCAGUUUGGUAAAUCGUAGUGCGUAUUACUUUAAUCUUCACAGCAUACUGUGCAGUGGAAUAAUAAGAAAACGUAAUUUCUAAAUAAAUGCAGGCCUGCAGGGAAAGAACAUGGUUCAGCCAACCUGUUUUAGCUUAUUGGUCAUAAGAAUCGAUUGUACAACAUUAGUGCUGGUCUUUGGAGGUGAAAGAUUGGAAAUCGAUUUUUUUUUAAAUUUUAAUAACUUUUGCAUCAAAUAAUUUAGCUGAUUCUCAAGUCAAUCGGUAACGAGAUUGUAUAUAAUAAGGGAAAAAAUGGAAAUGAAUUAUGCAUUGCCUGUUUUUUUCCUUUAGUAGAAAAUUUGACAAAUACACAAGAGACUUGUUAAUUUUGGUGGAUUUUCUAAGCUUAGUAAACGACACAGAGCCAACAUUUAUUUCCAGCCCAAAUAGCGCAACAACAAACACGUAAAUAGUAUCCUUGUUGCGAGAAAAGGGCAACAGUAAAUUUGACAAUGAAAAUUUGACUGUUGAGCGAUGCGCAAUUUCAGAGCUGCUACGAGGAAUUAGACCAUUUUGACCAAAAAACGAAUAAAAAAUCGAAAUAUACAGUCGAAAGUUUCAAAUCUUUAUUUUCUUCUUGCACAAGCUGUCAACAAUUUCUCUUAAAUAUAAAUUGAACCUAAAAUAUAGUUUUUCUGGGGCUUGAUUAAUUUUUUGUCAUCGUAAACUGUUUGAGAAUUUUGUAGAGGUCACGGGCAGAAAAUCCAAAAUAAAUUAAGCUGUCAAAUA